AUGGUCACUCGUUUAAAUCAGCUUAUUGAAGGAUUUACGAAACAAAAUUAUGGAAAAGAAAAAAAAAAUGAAAUUUCAUCCACCUCAGAGACAAUCCAGUCAACAAAAAGAACGGAUCCGUUGAAUGAGGUAAAGAGGAGCAAUGACUUCGCGACAGACCCCAAGUCCGAGUUACCAAAAAAAAAGCCAGCCGUGAGUAAGGGCAACUCCACAAGCUCCCCGUUAUUGAGGAGUCACUCGGACAACCCCAACUGCACGAAUGGCCAGCGCUACGAGAUCGGUUUCGACGAGGACCAGGGCAGUUUUCUACGGACUAUCGAGCUGUGCCACGACAAGAGCAGGGCCGUCACGUUGUGGGCCCACGCGCGCCUCACUCCCGCCAACAACAGUGACGUCUACAAGCAACCCAAGGAUAAAUAUCAGAGUUUUUUCAGAACUGGAAGUCUGUACGGCGACAUGCGCAUGAGCACCGGUGGAGGAGCCUACUACGUGAAUAACACCUGCAGGACCCUUGACUCGAUAUUAGGCGCCGAGGGAGCGUCGGCAAAGUACAUAUCGGUCAAUCUGAGCGAGCAGAAGUACUUGGCCAAAGGUCACCUCAUCGCCAAAGCGGACAUGACGUCAAAACUCCAUCAGGACAGCACGAUGUUCUACGCCAACGUGGUGCCCAUGUGGCAGCAGGUAAACGCCAAUCCGGGCAAUUGGUUCUUCGUCGAGGAGUACGUGCGCCACUUGGCGUACCACAAGAACCACGAGCUGGACGUGUGGGCCGGUGGCGUCGGGGUCCUCAGACUCGAGGGCAAGGAGAUACACCUGUACAAGCAAGGCACUGGCAAGGACCUCCAGCUCAGGAUCCCCGUGCCCAAGGUCAUCUACAAGUGUGUGGUUGAUAGACAGGCCAAAGAGGCCCUUUGUUUUUUGGUGGUCAACAACCCCUACGCCGGAAAAACGGAGGUGGAAAUGGCCAAGGGCGAGUACAGGGUGUGCCAGAAGCUCGAGACCUGCGACAGGAUCAGCCCAAACCACGACGACCCAGCCAAGGGGUACAUGUACUGCUGCGACCUCCGGAGCUUUUAUAAGAAGAACCACAAGGAGUUGGGUCUGGACGAGCUGAAAGAUUUCGUGGGGUACAAGAAGUUGGAACUGUCGCCCUGGAAAAAGACGGGUGAGUACAAGCCCUCGAAGAAGAACAAGGAAAAAAAUUUUUGA